AUGCUUGCUUUCAUUCUGAUUGUCUAGAAAAUAGAGGCUACAGAAGAAAGUAAAAAUGAUUGCGAUUAUAGCAAACCCACAGAGAAAUGUGAAUGCACCAAAUUUUUAGAUUCUAAAAACCAAUGUGUAGAUAAAUGUCCUGAAGGCGAAUAUAUAUUUAAGUAUUAAGACAUAUCAAAAUUCAAAUAAUGUGCAACUUGUAAAAGUAAGGAUUUAUAUACUUCAAUCAAAUUAAAUAUAUGUGUUAAUGAUUGCGGUUAAGACGAAAUUAUUGAUGAAGAAUAUAAAAUUUGUUUAGUAAACGAGAAAGAUUGCAAAGGUUAUGUAAAGGAAAAUAAAUGCUAUUAAUGUAAAGAAAACGAAUUGAUUGACAGAAAAAAUAAAAAAUGUUUAUAAGAUCAUACAGAAUGUGGAGGAAUUAAAAUCGAAAAAGAAUGCAUUUACUGCAAGGAUGAUGAAAUUACUGAUUUACUCUCACUUCAAUGCUUAAAAGAAGAUGAUAUUUGUUUAGGAAUCAUAAAAGAUAGAAAAUGUUAAGGUUGUGGCGAUAAAAUAAUAUUUGAAAACAAAUGCAUAACUGAAGAAGAAUGUAAAGGUUUCAUAUAUGAUAUAACUAAUGCUAAGCUCUGCAUAAAAGAAUGUCCAAAAGAAUUUUUUACAUUUAAUGACAGUAAAAAAUGUUCAAAUUGUGAUUAAUUUAUCAUUGAUAAGGAAAAAAGUAUUUGCUCCUCAAAGUGUGAAGGUAAAAUUUAUCAAAUAUUGGAUGAAGAAAACAAUAUUGAGUAAAAAUACUGCGAUUUGAAGAAAUGCCCUGAAGGAUAUUACUAAGUUAGUAAAGAAGGAGAUAAUGUGAUAAAGUGCUCAAGUAAAUGUAAUAAUAAAUAAAUUUUAGACACUGAAAAUCAAAUUUGCAUAGAGUAAAAAAAUGAAUGUAAGAAAUUUAUUUCUUCAGAUGAAAAAUAAUGUGUUGACAAAUGUGGUGAAAAUGAAUUUGUAGAGGUUGAAGAAGGAGCUUAACAAUGCAAAGAAUGUGAAGAGAUAAUCAGAGAAGAAACAAAGGAUAAUAUUAAAUCAAUUAAAUGCGUUACUAAAUGCGAAGAAGGAGAGUUAAUUUAUGAGUUCGGAGAUAAUAAUUAAUAUAAUAAGUGUAUUUAGACUUCUUAAUGUGUUAAUAGAAAGAUCUCAUCAGACAAAAAAUAUUGCAGUGAAAAGUGUGCUAAUAAUGAGUUAGUUUAUGAGAAUGAGUGUGUUUAAAAAUGCCCCUAAACUUCCUUUUAUUCUGAAGACAAAAAAAGCUGCUUAAAAGAGUGCCCAUAAGGAUAAUACAUUAAAUCAAAUGGAAGAUAAUGCUUAAAUAACUGCAAUUAAGUUUAUGAAAUAGUAGAUGAAGAAGGUAAAAAAUGUUUGAAAUGUAAAGAAAAUGAACAAUUUACAUAUGAAAACUCCAAAGGUGUUUGUAAAGAAGCAAAUUCAGCAUAGCAAGUUCUAUUAAACAUAAAAAACUUCUUUUAGAAUGAAUAAAAUAAAAUAGCAGACUAAGAUUUUGAAUCACAUAUUUUAAAGCCUAUCUAAACAUUGACUUCAUAGAAUGAAAAUAAAAUUAACUAAAUUAUUAGCAAAAAACAAAAAGAUGAAAAAGAUAUUGCAAGUAUUAGCGAAACAUUAAAUCAAUAAAAGUAGAUGGUCUUUGAGCUAUUAAACUUAGUUAAGCCAGAAUAUUAUGAUAAAUCUAUUGUUUUAGGUUAGGAUGAUCUAAAAAUUACAGCUUAAGCUUAAGUAAAAGGUUACAAAUUUAAGACUAAGUUCAUUUCAGAUGAAAUAGCCGAACAUAAGACAACAAUUUUAAUAGAAGAAUCUGAGGAAAAAUCAGAACUUCCAGUUUUUAACCCUACUGCUAUGAUUCUAACCUACAUGAAGCAAAAUUACUUGUGCAAAGAUUCUGAAUGUAAGAAUACUCACCCACUUUUUACAAUAUCUUACAUAGAAUCUUAAUCAUAAAGAAUCUUAGCAGAUGUUUAAGCUAAACCUUAGGAAUUUGAAAUGGAGUACAAAAUUAACUCAAGCAAUAAGACUAAUUAACUUUUGUGCUUAUCAUAUGACUAAAAAGGCUCUAUUACUAGAUAACCCAUCAUAGUUAAAGCAGAUAAAGCUUUUUGCAAGUUUAAUUAUAGUACUUCACUCUUAUUUGAUGAAACUUGUGUAUACGUUGACAAGAUAUAUUGUUCCUAAAAGAUAGAAAAUACAAAUUAAAAAUCUGUUGAAGAUAAAACCUAAAAUGAAUAAAAUACAAUUUCUCUUGCUAAAAUUUUCUUCAUAAUAGGAUUAUUAGGUCUACUUUUAAUAUAUUUCUUGAGAAAAGAUAAUAAAAACCAUAAACCUGAAUAAAGAAGCAAGGCAAGAAUUCAAUAUGAUGAUGAUGAGCAAAUGAUGGAAGAUAUGGAACAGCACAGAAGGAGAUACCCUAAAUAAAUUUGA